UUCAGAAUUUUUUUAAGAAAACACGUUGUGCGCUCCAAGUUCCCGACGAGGCAACAGUGGCUGAGAAAGCAGAAGUACUGGAAACCAAGCAACCAACACGUUGUGCCCACACGCGACUUUUUGACUAAUCCACUGUGACUACAAAUGACUCUCGAGGUUGGAAAUAGGGGUCGGGGUAGCGGACCUCGUGGCGGAGGCCGUGGCGUCGGAGGAGAUCGAGGUGGUGGUCGUGGCGUUUCACGUGGAUUUCGUGGCGGAGAUGUACGCGGGCGUGGUGGUCGUGGACGUGGAGAUCGCGGUGGUCGAGGGUUUUCUCGUGGAGGAGAUCGAGGAUCGUUUCGAGGUGGUGAACGAGGAUCGUUUCGAGGUGGUGAACGAGGAUCGUUUCGUGGUGGUGAACGAGGAUCGUUUCGUGGUGGAGAUCGAGGAUCAUUUCGAGGAACUUUUCGCGGUGGAAAUCGAGGUGCUCCUGCAAGGGGAGGUUUUAUGGGAGGCAAAAGAGAUUUCAAUGGUAGUUCUGUAGUAAGAAGCAAGUCUAAAAUCCCUGUGUGCCACGAAGUUGCCCAUGCACUUCAGUUACGGAUCUGUUACAAAUCAGACAUUCCAACAGAAGAAGAACUACUGAAGCAACUCCCUGGUUUCCAUUCUAGAUUCCAGAAAUCACCUGACAGUGCAGAUUACUUUCUUUUAUUUAAAGACAUUGAGUCUCUUGAAGCUGCGAAAACAAACUUAGAAGAAGAUGACACUGUCACAUCGGUUGACUACAUGGGGCUUAGAGCAGAGAGAUAUCUGCCCGAAUCAUUAGAAAACAGACAGGUCUUCCUCCAGUUUUAUUCAGAACAAGAAGACGAAGAAGCAGUAAAAAAAAUUGACGAUAAGAUUGUGUCAGUUAAAUUUAUGAAAUCCAAGUCAAGUUGUUUAGCUGAAUUCCCAACUGUUGAGGAGGCAAAUGACUUCAUCAAGAAAACAGCCCUGUCAAAGAAUCGUGGGGAUCUUAAAUAUUGUGCAGAGAGCACUGCAAUGCAAACCUCUAAUAUUGCAAAAGCCAGCAUUCAACCUAACCAAAUUGUCGUACGGGAUGUUCCCAAAAAAGCUACUCUAAAAGAAUUAGCCCUCCUCUUCCCAGAUGCCAACUCCGUGACGCUUUACAACCAAACGUUCCCAUCGUCUGACUAUUGCCAUGCCGCCUUCCGUUUCGAAAAUGUCGACCGAGUAAAUGCAAUUCUCACUGAGAAGACAGAGGACGAAAUUCUUGGGAAAAAGGUUUACAUUGCUCCAGCAUACAGUUGCUUAUUGACAGAUAUGCCUAAGCUAGGAGAACCUUGGACGGGAGACAAACUGAUUACAGAAUCCCCUAAAGCAAAGGGUUCAAAAGAAUCACCAAAGAAAAAAAUCAAAUUGGAGAAAGAUGUGAACGGUGGUGAUGAAGAAGAUGAAGAUGAAGAUGAAGAAAAUGAAGAUGAAGAAGAAGAAGAUGAAGAAGAAGAAGAUGAAGAAGAAGGUGAAGGUGAAGGUGAAGAUGAAGAAAACGAGGAAAAUGAUGAUGAAGAAGAUGAAGACGACGAUGAAGGCGAGGAUGAAAAUGGCAAAGAUGACAACGAAGAAGAGAUGGAAUCUGCUGCUGACGAAGAUGAUGAAGAAGAAGAGAGUGACGAUUAAAGACGUAGUGCCAGUGUUAACAUCGAUGUCGAGGCAUUUCUAUUAUGUUAACCUUGCUUGCAAAUUUCAAUCAAAUAAAACGAAUCGGACACCAUAAAA